AUGACGACAUUGUUCGAGGCAACGCCCCCGUUCUAUCUCAUCGUCCCCAUCUUCGUCGCCACCUUCCUCUUCUUGAUCGCCCUCAAGCGGAGGAGGCCCAACCUCCCUCCGAGCCCCAAGGCAUUGCCGGUCCUUGGCCACCUCCACCUCCUCGGCCCCCUCAUCCACCAUUCCUUCCGCAACUUCGCGGCCCGCCACGGCCCGCUGAUCAGCCUCUGCCUCGGGUCGGUGCCGUGCAUCGUGGCCUCAACCCCCGACCUCGCGCAGGAGCUCCUCAAGACGCAUGAGCUGACGUUCUCGGCGCGCAAGCACAACGCGGCCAUCGACCACCUGACCUACAAGUCGGCCUUCGCGUUCGCGCCCUACGGGCCGUACUGGAAGUUCAUCAAGAAGCUGAGCCAGACCGAGCUCCUGGGGGCUCGCACCCUCAACCAGUUCCUCCCCAUCCGCACCAGCGAGCUCCGACACUUCAUCAGAGUCUUGCACGAUAAAUCUUUAAGCGGCAAGAGUGUCAACGUCACGCAAGAGUUGGUGAAGUUGUCGAACAACAUCAUCUCUCAGAUGAUGCUGAGCAUUCGGAGCUCGGGCGUGGACAGCCAGGCCGACGAGGCGAGGACCCUCAUAAAGGAGGUCACUCAGAUCUUCGGCGAAUUUAAUGUGUCCGACUUCAUCUGGUUUUGCAAGAACGUCGAUUUUCAGGGCUAUAAGAAGCGGUUCGAGGACAUUCACAGGAGAUACGAUGCGCUGUUGGAGAAGAUCAUUGGAGAUAGAGAGGAGCUGAGAAGGAAGAAGAGAGAGCAAAGAGCGGGGGAGGGAGGAGGGAAAGAAGAAGUGAAGGAUUUUCUGGACAUGAUGCUUGACAUCUACGAGGAUGAGAACUCGGAGAUGAAGUUGACCAGAAACCACAUUAAGGCACUGGUUUUGGAUAUAUUCACUGCCGGUACGGACACAUCGGCCAGCGCAAUCGAAUGGGCACUGGCCGAGCUCAUGAACAAUCCGGUGGUGCUCGAGAAGGCAAGGGAGGAGAUAAGUUCCGUCGUGGGCGGUCACAGGUUAGUGGACGAAUCCGACAUGAAAUCGCUGCAGUACGUCCAAGCCAUCAUAAAGGAGACGCUCCGUCUCCACCCUCCGAUCCCGAUGAUCGCGCGAAAGUCGGUCCAGGAAUGCGACAUCAGAGGGUACACAAUCCCCAAAGACACCUUGCUGUUUGUGAACAUUUGGGCCAUAGCUAGAGACCCAAAGGUGUGGGCCAAUCCCCUGGAGUUCAGCCCGGAGAGGUUCCUCGAGCCCGCCAACCCAACGGGGGCCAUCGACGUGAAGGGCCAGCAUUUUGAGCUGCUGCCUUUCGGGUCCGGCAGGAGGGGCUGCCCGGGGAUCUCGCUCGCGAUGCAGGAGAUGCCGACAAUGCUGGCGGCGAUGCUCCAGUGCUUCGAUUGGAAGCCGUGCGAUCGGGACGGAGAGGAAGUCAAAGCGGUCAGCAUGGACGAACGGCCCGGAUUGACCUGUCCUAGGGCCAAUGAUCUGUUUUGUUUGCCUGUGUCGCGUUUGGGCUCGAUCGAGUUCUUAAGCGGCUAG